UAAAGCACAGGUGAAUCGGAAGAUAAUUUUGUGUUCUCGAAGGAGUCGAACAGUCAACAUGAUUUUUAAACCAAUCGUAUUUACGGCGAUAGCCCUAUUGAUGUGCCAGGUGGCACAUUCGCAAUUGCAAGGAUACGCAACAUUGAACGGUGGCACCAAUGGUGGAGCUGGUGGACCCACAGUAAAUGUAAACACGGAAGCGCAAUUGAUUUCAGCAGUAACUGAUAACAAUGCACGUAUUGUCCGUAUCACUGGAGCGAUUACAUUGACUCAGCGCAUACGUGUCGGUUCGAAUAAAUCCAUUUUGGGUGCCGCUGCUAACGCAGGUAUCACUCGUGGAGGUGGUCUCUUAUUGGAAAGUGUCAGAAACGUUGUUAUCAGAGGAAUCCGAUGCUCAUUUGUACGUGAUCCCAACGAUUGUGUGGAAGUAUCAAGAACAACAAAUGUCUGGAUCGAUCAAAACGAAUUCUGGUCUGACAUGAACAAUGGUCGCGAUUUCUACGAUGGGCUUGUCGACAUUGUUCGUGGUUCGGAUUUCGUAACCGUUUCGUGGAAUCGUUUCCGAAAUCAUUACAAAGUUGCCUUGUGCGGCAAUUCUGAUGAUGCUGGCGGUACUGAUAGAGGCCGACUCCGUAUUUCCUUCCAAGGUAAUUGGUUCCAGAAUGUCAACUCUAGAGUGCCAUCUCUUCGUUUCGGUACCGCUCAUAUUUGGAACAAUCUAUACGAAAACGUUGGAGCCUCGUCGAUCAACAGUCGCAUGGGUGCAAAUGUUUUCGUUGAAAACAAUGUUUUCAUUAAUGCUCGUCGUACAAUCAUUACAAACUUGGAUAGUCGUGAAGAUGGUUUCGCCAAUCACAGAAACAAUGACUUUGGCAAUGAGUCGCAACGCGGACCAUUCAUCACUCGUACUGGAUCAUUCACUAAUCCACCAUACUCUUACAGUCUUCAAAGUGUUCACAACACUGCAUCGUUAGUUAGAGGACGAGCUGGUGCUACAGUACGCUUCUAAGCAAAUCGACGAAUUUCGU